UAGAAUAAUACAAAAUUUAAAACUUGUGGAUUGUGUUAGUUAUUGUUUUCACUUACAAACGGCGGGUUUGUUUUGUUUUUGAGAAAUUCUUUAUUCAGUUCAACAUUAUUUUGUUAUAGGGUAGAUUUUUAAGGAACUACAAAUUUCGUUGCGAAGUGAGCUACGACUGCUACAGCUAGUACUAAGUGCGAGGAGGUUGCAGCUAGCACACUUCCAACUAUUCAGUUGUCGGCGUUACGCUACAACGGUGGUCAGUGCGAACAGGUGCGCGACUUUGCAGUUUGCGGCCACUACUCGAAACCCAUAAAUUAUCACUUAAACGAGCUCCUGUUUCAAGAAGUUGGCAUGCAUCAGCAGCGGGGCUUGCUGAACGGUGGCUCUUACAUGUCCCUCGGUGAGGUAUACCGGGGUACCACAGUGCCCAACAAAAAGAGUAAUGUUAAGAAAAUCCUUCGCCUUGGAGGGGCAGCUAAGAAGAAAUUAGACCCCUAUUUUGAUGAUUGUGUGUCUGAUAUGACUGAGGUGUUGACGGAAAAUACCUUUGAAGAUCCAGUAAAGCCGCCAACGAAAAUGCCUAUCAGUGCUGAAGAGACCGCUCUACUCGGCAUGGAUGACAUCGAACUGAAGAACAUCCAGCUGCAGUUCCCCAGCGCUCGUCGGUUCAGCGGCGAGGGAGGUUGCGUGGAGGUGCGGGUGCGCACCGACCGCGGCGAUAUCGUCGUCGCGGUGCAAGGCGACCGCUCCAAGCCAGCCAUCAUCACGUACCACGAUCUUGGCCUCAACUAUGUUUGCUUCCAACCGUUCUUCAACUUUGUGGACAUGAGGGCGCUCUUGGAAAACUUCUGUGUGUACCACGUGAAUGCGCCGGGACAAGAGGACGGGGCUCCGAGCCUACCUGAAGACUACCUUUACCCAACCAUGGAUGAGUUGGCUAACCAGCUCAACUACGUGCUUGGCCACUUCGGAAUCAAGACGUUCAUCGGGUUCGGAGUCGGCGCUGGCGCCAACAUCCUCGCGCGAUUCGCCCUUGUGCACCCACAAAAGGUGGAUGCUUUGGCUCUCAUCAACUGCACGUCGAAUCAGGCCGGAUGGAUUGAGUGGGCUUAUCAGAAAAUGAACUCCCGUUCGCUGAAGAACCGAGGCAUGACCCAAGGCGUUCUCGACUACCUCAUGUGGCACCAUUUCGGACGGUUCCCGGAGGAGCGCAACCACGACUUGACGCAGAUGUACCGCAUGUACUUCACCCGGAACGUGAACCCUACGAACCUGUCCUUGUUGAUUGACGCGUACGUGCGCCGCACCGACCUCGGCAUCGCGCGGGAGACCGACACCAUCAAGGUGCCGGUCCUGAACAUCACCGGCGCGCUCUCCCCGCACGUCGACGACACCGUCACCUUCAAUGGACGCCUCAAUCCCAACAACUCCACGUGGAUGAAGAUUUCGGAUUCGGGCAUGGUGCUGGAGGAGCAGCCGGCUAAGAUAUCCGAGGCCUUCCGCCUUUUCUUGCAGGGCGAGGGCUACGUUGCGCCACUGUCGCCCACCAAGAUCACGGCUUACCGGCGACUGUCGGACGCCGGCCGCCGUCGUCCAUGCCGUCACUCGCCCGUCAUCCGCAUCACCGAGAACCCGAUCUCGGAGGCGGUGGUCUGCUAAACUAACUCCCUUUCGCUAAAGCUCGCUGAUUGAUACCCCACGAGUGAUUACCUACUAAAAACUACUUUACUGCAUGUUAUCACGGCACCAGCCUCCAGCUGUGUAAAAUGAUUGUCCGUAAUACUUGACUACGUGCUGAGCACUCGAUGGUGUCGUCCAGCAUCCUCGUGGGGCCGCGCGCGCGAGCUGGCCGGGACACACGAACAUCUAGCUAAGUUCCUCACAUCUCGUGAGUCGCACUGUUGAAGUUAUAUCAUUUAUCAUUUAAGAAGAAUUUUAUUAGAACCCACUGAUAUAUUACAUAAUUAUAAUAUACCACUAUAUAGCGUUAUAUCAUUCAGUUAGGCUAACUUCACACGUAUGUAUGUAUCCAUAUUUGUUUACGCGACUGUGUAAGGGAGUUAGUUAGCGUGGUUGUUUUGUAACUUAGUAAUAAAUUGAACAUGAGGGGACUGCUGUGAAAGCGGCGUCAGGCCGGUGUGUCGCCGCGCGCUACUUGUUGUGACAUGGACUCGCUGUGCCGAAAUAAAGACUAAUAUUAAUGUAACAGCACGUUACUCGACGCGACAGGCACGUCCACAUUGAUUUACAUUACGAGAGCUUGAUAUAAUUAUACGGAGUCCGUGUCGAGUGGCGCGCGCCGGCUCGGGCCGGCAGUGGCGCCGCGCGCGCUAACACGUCGCUGGGUGCUAUGCUAAGACCAAGAUAGAUUUCGAAGUUGAUCAUUUGAUGACAGUCGUUUUGGAAACAAUGAAUCUUUAUAAUGCUUUGAAUUAUUUUGUUAUAUCAAAGAAUUUUGUUUGUUAUGCUUAAAUUAUACAAUUGUGACAUAUUUUAAUAUUAUGUUUGUUGAUUUUUUGCAUGUUGAUUAUAUUAAUUUACAUUAUCAGUAUUAACUUUUGUAUAAGUUUUAAUUAUUUAUUUGUAUAGUAAGAAAUACCUAAGUAAGUAUUUAUCACCGCUUUUAGUAGUUGACUUAAAUAAUAUUAGAGAACAAUAAAUGUUAAACGUGCAACAGCUUAUUAAGAGAUUUUCAUUUAUUGUAAGUAUUUAUUUGAUAAUAAUAAAAUAUGUAAUUUUACGAGUAUAUUAGAAAAAGAAAUGUGCGGUUAAAAUAAAAAGGAAGGGGCGUGAAGUGAUUGUAAUAAUGUGAAGAUUUGGCAUGCGCGUAUCAUACUCUUCGAAUUUAUCGUGUAUGUAGACUUACACGCCGGUGGAUAUUUUACUGAUCUUUUUGGCCGGCUACUUGUUAGUGGUUGAUUGAAACUGACCAUAGCGGAUGAUUGUCUGGAAGCUGAGAGUGCUCGGGGCUCGGGAGUGACACCAGCCGGUUGUGUCGAAUCGAAGGACGGCCACACAUACAUACUUAGAUUGUUCAGGUCAAUGUUACGAUGUUGAACGGUUUCUCUUAAUAAUUAGAAUCUUGAAUCAGUAGCGGAAUCUCAGUAGAUCUGUUUGUCCCCACCUCCACGGUAUGGCGCGGCACUCUAGAGGCACGCACGGCAGGACACGCGCCAUACGCUCACACUCGAGGUCGCCUCUAAGCUUUGUAGACGUACAAUCGAUUAAUAUUUAGUUUAUAGAAGUUCCACAUCUUACUCUUUCGUUCAAGUGUAGAAGAUGUUACAUUUAGAUAUUUUUUGUUCACUGAUAUUUGUGUGAAUUUAAUGGGUCUAUUAAAAGUGAUUUUAUAAA